AUGGGCCUGACUAUGACGUCCGACUCAGGAUUGUCCCAUCAUUUGCAUGGAGUUCUUUCGGAACUGAAUCGCCGACCUUAUCCCCAUGUUCCAAACCCUUCAUCUUGCAAGAAACGAGCCUCAGUUGCAUUGAUCAUUCGGGUUCGGCCCACCUAUGACCAUUGGCCCAGCUCUACACAUACAUACGAUACUUCACAGUCGGCACGAGAACAGCUAGACGGGUUUUUUUCACAGCCAUGGGUUCAGCAUGGCGAACCAGAAAUUCUCUUCAUUAAGCGUGCUUCGCGUGUGGGAGACCGAUGGACCGGCCAUGUUGCCCUGCCCGGCGGAAAGCGAGAUCCGGAGGAUGCAGAUGAUAAAGCUGCCGCAAUCAGGGAAACAUCAGAGGAAAUAGGAUUGGAUUUGACCACGGAGGACUGCAUCAGUGUGGGAAAUCUCCCAGAACGUGUGGUCACUACCAGCUGGGGUUCUGAACCGUUAAUGGUGUUAUGUCCUUUUGUCUUCCUCACAACCCGCAGCGACUCCCCGACCCUUCGAUUGCAACCUACGGAAGUAGCCUCGACCCAUUGGAUUCCUCUGCGCGCACUCCUUUCACCCUCACAGCGGACCGUCGAAUAUGUGGAUAUGUCGCAGCGGUUCGCGCGACAAGGUGGAUUUUUGGCCCGUCUUGCGAUUCGAUCUCUAAUGGGUUGGAUGCAGUUCUCGGCAGUCCGACUCCUCCCCUCCGAGACCCAACAAUGCACCACAACACCAGGAUUUCUUCCAGAUGAUGAUAAGCCCAAGCGUUCCGUGGUCCAGCGCUUCAAGGAAUGGUGUCUGAGCAACCAAGCGGAGUCGAGUGACACCACUCGACCGCUACUGCUUUGGGGCCUCACUCUUGGCAUUCUAGCCGAUUUCUUGGACAUGCUCCCUCCCCACAGUGCUGUGCAAAUGUGGAAAUACCCAACUUUCACGGUGCCCGACUUGCGACUGAUUGUGAGCGUUGUGACUUACCAUCUGCGAAAGCGCAACGCACGCAAUGUGAAACCGGGUGCUCGUCCCAGUGACACGGCUUCCGAUGGUGAAACAGCUGCCCUUUCAGUCACAAAAAUGAAAUGUGAUGACCAUGACCAUAAUGAAGUGGGAAUCGGAGGUCUCGGGGUUGGGAGGUAUUAUGGGGCAUCGGACCAAGCGACAGAUGGGACAUCGUACGCAGUGGGGAUCAUGCUCCGGGGAUAUUAUGACCGGUUGAAAAUGGCCAUUUGGGUAUUCCUUGCCUGGCGUGUAGCCAUUGGCUCAGUUGCCGGUAUUUCUGCCUGGCGUCUUCUUCGGCGACUGCGUUGA